UGCUUGUUACAACUAAUAAAGUUGGAGGUUGUCAACGGAGAGCCUGCUGGGAGUUGUAGUUUUCUAUCUCUCAGUUGUUCCUGUCUUGGAGGGGAAGCUGUGAAGGAGAGGGAACAUGGAAGCACAGCCUGUGGUGACCUCCAAGCAAGCUGAAGAGGUGAUUAAUGGGUGCCCUACCCAGGUGGUCUGCUCUGCCUUCACAGAUCAUAUUCUGGUUGUGGUGACACAGUACGGAAAGUUUGGCACAAUGGUCUCUGUCACGCCUAACACAGUAGCCGGAGACGUGGGCAAACCCACCCUUACCACCAAAGUCCUUCUAGGAUGUGAUGAGCCUCUGGUUCACGUCUGUGCCAAGAAUUUGGUUAGCUUUGUAUGUGAAGAGUCAAAGAACAAGCCGGUACUUCUAGGCCUGGCGCUAAAGGACAAAAGUUCGGACUGUAUUACUGCCCUGAAAGUCCUGAUAAAGAGCUGUCAGGUUUGGUGAUGGACUGAAAACCUUUCUUAUGGCUCAUCUGGAGAAGUAUCGCUGGAAAUGAUUAUUGAAUACAUUUAGAAUGUGUAUAUUGGAUGUUGCAAUAACUUUUUGUAUUACAUACAUUUUGUAUAUAAGCUUUUCUGCUUGA